AUGAGUGCAAGAAUAAGCCACCAACCCAUCUCGGACAAUAUGAGCAAGGAGAUCACCGUGCACACGUCUUCUCUCUUCGACUCGAAGCAGAAACGCUUCGUUUCGGACCUGUCCAUCUUGAUUGACGUCAGCACUGGUUUAAUAACAAGGGUGUAUAAGCGGGACGGACCAGUCGAUGAUGCAUCGCAACCGAACACAAUUGAUCUCCGGGGUCUGACUGUUCUUCCGGGCCUCGUCGACGCGCAUACUCAUAUAUUUCUACAUGCAUACUCCGAGGUCUCUUCCUUGAACCAGAUGCGCGAUGAGAGCUUCGUCGAAAGGGUAGUGAGAGCUACGAAUCAUGCUAAAGCCGCUUUGAUGGCCGGCUACACCACCUAUCGUGAUUUGGGUACGGAAGGUCUAAGAGAUGCCGACGUGAGCUUUAGGGAUACUAUUAACCGUGGCAUCAUACCCGGGCCUCGCAUGUUCGUGGCGACGGAAUGCAUUGCUUCUAGCGGGGGCUAUGAGAUACGGGUGGAGAAUGGUCUCCCUGGAGUUGGCCAAACAACGCCUCGAAUAUCAGACGCCGCGGAUGGCGUCGAUGGUGUUAGGGCGGCUGUUCGCCGGCGCUUGGGGGCUGGUGCCGAUAUAAUUAAGUUCUAUGCUGACUAUAGGAAGCGAGCACUAAGGUAUCCAAAGCCCAGCUGGGCAGGCGAGAAAGAUAUUGCCUUUCCUCCGUCUGACGACGCUAUCACCGGGCAAAGAAACCCGAAUAUUCUCCAAUUCACCCAAGAAGAGAUGAAUGCGAUGGUGAUAGAGGCAAAACGCUCAGGUGCUCCUAUUUGCGCUCAUGCACAGAGCCCCGAUGCCGUCGUAAUGGCGGCCAAGGCGGGUGUUACAUCUAUCGAGCACGGCUACAUGCCUAGCGAAGAGCCUCUAAAGGCAAUGAAGGAGAACAAUACUAUCUUCGUGCCAACGCUGGCAGUCUUUCAGGUUUCAUUAGGGGACGACAGUCCUGUAAUGAAAGCUAUUCUCAAGCACAUUAAAGCUGCCUUCGACUACGGAAUCAAGUUCGCUGCCGGCGGCGAUACGGGCGCCUUCGCGCACGGCGAGAACGUUUUUGAGCUGGAACUGAUGGCGAAGGCGGGUAUACCCGUCCUUGAUGUCUUACAAGCAGCGACAUUACACGGAUGGGAAGCAUGUGGUGGGGAUCUAUGUGGUAGAAGGUUUGGGCUGCUGGAUAAAGGAUUUGCGGCCGAUAUCAUUGCUGUUGAUGGCAACCCGACCGAGGACUUCAGUGCGCUGAGGAGGGUAAAGUUUGUUAUGAAAGAUGGGGUUGUAUAUAAGGAGGAGCAUAAAUAA